GCACCAGCAGGUUAAAAGAGGAGAGACUGAAGUGAAAGAGAAAGGGACACAAUUCCAUAAAUUGAUCCUGAUUUAUACUGUAGGAUUAACUGCUAUUUGAAUUUUUGUCUGCAUGUAUUUCAUAAAGGACUGAAAAGCAUUUCUACAUUAUUAAAAGAAGUGAACUGUGAACUAUCUUAUUUAUGAUGUCUUGUUUAUUGGGAUACAACACAGCCGUAACCAUCCGGGUUACAGUAUUAUAGACUAUUUUAACAGAAUUAUACUUCAACUACAUGUACUUUAACAUGUAAAACUUCAUACACUAGAGUAUCAAAAUUGGCGACAGGUUCAUUUCUAAUGUUUUGAAACGUUGGCCUAUGGUUGAAAAGUUUUAUGGCACAUCUUGUGUUUGAAUUUAUUUGUGUUUCAGUGUUAAUUUUAACUUCUAAGGUUGAUAAACUUUUGGAUCUAGCUUUAUUUCUUUCAUAUUUCACAAGAAAUAUACUUGAACGAUUUGAACAAAAAGGUUUUAACAUUAUAAACAGUAACAAAAUGGCAACAGGUUCAUUGUCUUCGGUUCCAAAACGUUUGCGUAUGGUUGAAGACUUUUCUUGCACACGUUGUUUAGAGCAGAAUCUUACGGAAUCUGCAGACAUUUAUUGUGAAAAAUGUUUAAGGUUUUAUUGUAAAAAAUGUGUUAUCCUGCAUAGUCAGUUUUUUACAAAACAUAUGACAUGUGGAAGGGAGGAUAUUAAGAAAUGGCCAGUUUCUAAGACGGUGGAAGAUUUUCUCAGGAAGUGUGAGGUGCAUGAGGAUGAAACACUGACACAGUUUUGCCAUGACCACAGUCAGCUGUGCUGCUCUGCAUGUGUUGGAACAAUUCACAGCCAGUGCCGAGAAGUGACCCAGAUUUCGGAGCUGACCAACUCGCAGCCCUCAGGCCUAGAGGGGCUGUCAGUGGAGCUGGAAACUGUUCUGGGGGAAAUUAAAACCCUGCAGAUCAGUCAGGAGGCCAGCAUUCAGUCAUUGCAGAGAACAUACAAUGAACAUAGGGAAGUUAUGAUAGAGCAAAUGUGUGGCAAUUUAAAUACUUAUAUAGAUAAAUGUGAUAAUAAUUCUGUGGGAACAUCAGGCGGAAAUAAGCAAUAUUUAAAAGAAGAGAUGUGUAGGAAUGUUGUUUCUAUCUUGAAUGAAUUCGAUAAUAUUACUGCGAAGGAACUUAACGAGAUGAAAGAUGAAGUUAUAAGCAUUAAAGGGUCAGUUGCAAGUUCUAUUCAUAAAUGCACCAGUCUUCACAAUGACUUGUCACAAUUCCAUGAAAUUGUUCAGAAAAUUGGAGAUCAUAAGGAGCUCUGCCUUAUAGCCAGCAUAAAAUGUAAGCAUAUAAUACAGCAGGCACUGACUCUGCUGGGAAAGUCAGGCAAGGUGUUUAAUGUCCAGAGUAAUACUAAGCACAAUGUGAGCAUACCAAGUGAUUCAUAUUCAUGUCUUAUCACAGGCAUGUGUGUUCUGACUGAUGGGCAGGUGCUGGUUGCAGACUAUUCUAAUAAGAGGUUCAAGCUGCUGAACCAGCAGUACCAGGUGGUGAGUCACUGUGGUGUGACUGUAUAUGUAAGUGACAUGUGUCAGAUCACACCCAGUGAGGUUGCAGUGGCUGUGGAUGAUAAUGAUAGCAAAACACAUAAUGUCCAGUUUAUUACAGUCACCCAGAGCCAGCUCACUCUUGGUAGGAAGCUUGAGUUACAACAUGGAUGUACAGGUAUUGCCUGCCAUCAGGGAGAACUGUUUAUCUGCUCUGGUACUGCUCUGUUCAAGUACACAUUAUAUGGCAAACAGCUCUGCAGACUCUAUGAAGAUAGGUCAUUUAUUAUUAAUACAGAAACUGUGUUCCUGGGAGAGAGAGACUUUCUGACCCUGUCUUAA